UGUACAAAAGUUUUCUUUCCCUUCCUUCUCCCUUUAAGUUUCCUUGUAUAUAUGUGACUAUUUCACAGCCUGAUAGAAGGCAAAGACUAGGGUGAGAGAAAAAGAGUUUGAUCAUCCUUCCAUCCAUCAGCCAUGGGAAGACCUCCUUGCUGUGAUAAAGUUGGCAUCAAGAAAGGUCCAUGGACUCCUGAAGAAGACAUCAUCCUUGUUUCUUACAUUCAACAACAUGGUCCAGGAAAUUGGAGAUCAGUUCCCACUAACACUGGUUUGCUGAGGUGCAGCAAAAGCUGUAGGCUAAGAUGGACCAAUUACCUCAGACCUGGAAUCAAGAGAGGAAAUUUCACUCCUCAUGAAGAAGGAAUGAUUAUUCAUCUGCAAGCUUUAUUGGGUAACAAAUGGGCAGCCAUAGCUUCAUACCUUCCACAAAGAACAGAUAAUGAUAUAAAGAACUACUGGAACACUCACCUGAAGAAGAAGCUGAACAAGUUUCAGUCAGCUUUGGAACCCCAAAUGACAGCAGAUAAUUCAACUACCAGUCAUCAGUUUGUACUGAAUGAGAGAAUGAGCUUGGAUUUCACCAACCAACACUUCUCCAAUCUACCCACCGCCAUUAAUCAAGGCUGCUCCUAUGCAUCCAGCACUGAGAAUAUUUCUCGUCUUCUUCAAGGUUGGAUGGGAUCCUCUCCCAAGAACAAUAACAAAAUCAAUAAUAAUUCUUUCCUCAAAGAGGAGCAAGAAGGAGGUGAUUUGAUCUCUAAUGAAGAGAUUGUAUCAGUUUUAUCAUUUGAGAAUUUGAACAACGAGGGAUGGCAAAAGCCGAAAAUUGAUCAUCAGUCCACUUCAAAAGGAAGUCCAAAUGAAGAGAAGGUUAAUAUUACAUCAAUGGUGGUGGCAGAAAGGAAACUGCAAAGAUCUGAUAACUCUACACCUCCGUUAUCGUUUCUUGAGAAAUGGCUUUUGGAUGAAUCCACUGGUCAAAUAGAAGAGAUUAAUCAGAUUAUGGAACUCUCUGAUCCAAUAUUCUGAUCAUAAAUGUUAAUUGUUAAUUUCUUUUCUUUCUAAUUUCCAUUGGUCUUUUGCUUUGUUUUAGCUUGAGUUUUACAUCCAUGGACAACAAAAGAGGAAAGGAAAAUUAAAAAAAAAAUGUGUUUGAUUAAUCACUUUAGUAGUUGGGAUCUCUUUGUAAGAUGUAAUUAACCUUAGUAUCUCAAUUGGAAGUAAUUAAUUUGCUUUAUAAAUAUAUGUUAGUAAUCUUUUCA